UUUAUAUCACUAUUCGAUUGACUCCAAGUCAGAAUCAUACAGAUUUUCUGUACAAUAUAUUUUGCUGUGAAGGAAUACAAUGGUUCACCUAAGCGACAUGAAGAAGCCCAUUAGUUGUACUGUGAUCGGGGACGGGAUGGUGGGAAAGACCUGCUUGUCCGAGGUGUUCUCCGGGCAGACCAUGCCCCAGGAAUACGUAUCCACCGUGUUUAACAAUUACGCCGGGAAGUCCACGGUGGGAGGGGAUAAAUAUGUUGUCAGCAUAUUUGAUUCAGCGGGAGAGCACGAGUACACAGAACUGCGGUCCUUCAGUUACAAGGACAGCGAAGUCCUGCUCCUGUGUUUCUCGGUGUCCGAUAGAGACUCAUUCGAGAGCGUGAAGGAUUUCUGGGCCCCUGAAGUCAAAGACUUUCUUGGAAAACGUGUCCCCAUUAUCGUUGUGGCUACCCAGACGGACACCCGCUCAGACCUUGGGGGAGACGUCAGCACCGAGGAGGGUCAGAGAAUGGCCAAAGAGAUCGGGGCCGAGCGCUACUUGGAGUGUUCGUGCUCAGACCAGCAGAGUGUACACAGUGUGUUUGAGAACGUUGUGCUCACGGCGCUCAAACAAAGGAAGAGAAUGGGAAACAUCUUCCGCCGGGUCCUGGGACGAUGAACUUUCUGAUAUGUGACAGUUUUUGGUUCACUUUUUGGACGUACAUCCCAUGCGUCCGUUUCAUAACGCUAACUGCGGGAAUAUAUUACCGGCACCGGUCAAGGACGACAGUGAAGUACCCAGGUAGAAAAUACUGAUAAGACUUCAGGAAUCUUAGGACAAUUGGCAACCUUUGGACCGGUUCGGACCAAACCCAGACCAGUGACCUCAAAUGACCACGUGUGCUUUGUCGGACUUUCGUUUUGCGCACUCAGUCAAGGCGUGGUUUUUCCAAAGCAGUGUACCAGUUCCUGGUAGAGCGGAGAGAGAUAUUUCAUUUCUAUGUAAUGUCAUGAAGACAUUUAAAUCAAUUAUCAUAGUCAGGCUGUAGUUUUAUGUUCUGGUUUUCAAAUAAAUGAUGCAUUUAACGAAUCAAA